AUGGCAAAAGUGGUACCAGCUGUUUUGGGCUUCAGCCUGAGACAACCGAGACUUGUUUCGACUAAAAUGGUACCGGCUCUUUCGGGCUUUUGUCUGAAAUACCCGAGGCUUUUUGCAACUUCAGUUUCCCGACGCAGUGGACCAACCAUGUCAUUUCCUUGUCUUGACAAGUUAGAGAAACGCACACAAAUGAUUGCCGACAAGGGCCCCGAGCCCUCGUAUUCAAAGGCAAAGGGGUUUGAACUUUAUAAAGUACCUGGAACUGUUCAAUUGGAUUAUGGUCGGACUCUCGACAACGUCGAGAUUGCCUACGAAACAUGGGGAACUCUAAAUGCUGAUCGGUCAAACGCCAUUCUUCUUCAUACCGGUCUUUCUGCAUCCUCGCACGCAAAGUCUCAGCCCAACAAUACGGACCCCGGUUGGUGGGAAAGAUUCAUUGGUCCUGGAUUGAGCCUAGAUACCAACAAGUUUUUCAUUAUUUGCACAAACGUUCUCGGCGGUUGCUAUGGCUCUACCGGACCUUCAUCUCUGUCCCCUGAAGAUGGCAAGCCAUAUGCGACAAGAUUUCCUAUUGUAACCAUUCACGAUAUGGUUCGAGUCCAAUACCGGUUGGUGAAAGAACACUUGGGCAUCUCUAAGCUUUAUGCUUCCGUGGGCUCUUCUAUGGGUGGUCUUCAAUCGCUUGCUUAUGCUGUUGAAUUCACCGACAGUGUCGGCAGGGUUGCGUCGAUCAGUGCCUGUGCUCGGUCCCAUCCCUCCUCGAUUGCCAUGCGACAUGUUCAACGUCAAGUCUUGAUGGCUGACCCCAAUUGGAAGCGAGGCUUCUACUACGACGGGAUUCCUCCCCACGUGGGAAUGAAGCUGGCCCGCCAGCUCGCAACAAUUACCUAUCGAUCGGGCCCCGAGUGGGAAGAUAGGUUUGGAAGAGACAGAAUGGAUCCAGAAAUGAUUCCGGCCCUCUGCCCCGAUUUUCUAAUCGAGACGUAUUUGGACCAUCAAGGCGAGAAGUUCUGUUUAGAGUACGACCCCAAUUCAUUGCUCUAUGUGUCAAAGGCGAUGGAUAUGUUUGAUCUUGGCUACGAGAAUACGCAGGUCCGGGCUAAAUGGCGUAACGGUGUAACUCAGGCUAAUGCUUGCUCGCUGCCCUCAAAGCCGUACGAAGAGAAACCACGAGAUCAUGUUCAGCCCUGCAGCAAAAGCGAUCUGGCUAAGGGUAUGGCGGCGAUGGCCCAGCUCCCGACGUUUGUGCUUGGGGUCCAGUCUGACGUGCUCUUCCCGUCCUGGCAGCAGCGGGAAAUCUACGACGUCCUCGUCCAGGCGGCCGGCCAGCAACAUCACCAUAUCCAGUACCACGAGCUGAGUUACGCCGACUCCAAGUUUGGUCACGACACGUUCAUUUUGGAUAUCGAGCAUGUCGGCAAGCCGCUACAACGCUUUUUGGAGUCUUAA